AUGUUCACCGCCGCCGCUAUCUGGCGCUGCUUCUCCCCAUUCAAGAUUCUCUUCAACUCACUCACCAUUCUAUCCACAAACAAACUCCUCUUCACAACGCUCUUCAUCUUCACCACCCUCCCUCUCUCAACCCUCACUAUCUACCAAUCCAUCUUCACACAACCACUCACCUCUCAAAUCCGCCACCUCGAAGCCCUCGCUCACUUCGCCUCAACCCAAUUCGAAACUCGCCAUGUUAGACACGAAUCUCGAAACGACGCCGUUUUCCUCAUCCGUGUUAAAGCCCUUUUCUCUAUUCCUUCUUACAUCAUCUCCCUCAUCUCCACUCUCUCCGUUGUCCACUCCUCUCUCCUCGCCUCGCAUAACAUCACCCCGACAAUCCACUCCGCCGUCGCCUCCUUCAAACCCAACCUCAUGCGGCUAUUCGCAACUUCCAUCUUUGUCUACGCCAUCCUCUUAGCUUUCUCCUCAUUACCUCUCUUCUUAACCGCACUCACCGGGUCAAAAUCGAAUAAUUUCGUCUUCUUAAUCGGGUCGGGUCUCGAGGUUUACUUGAUGGCGGUGUUGAGCGUUGGUCUGGUGGUUUCAAUCGCCGAAGAGAGAUUCGGGUGGGAUGCUAUUAGAGUCGGAUCCGGUUUGAUGGAGGGAAACCGGGUUUGCGGGUGGAUUCUUUCGGGUUUAUUUGUGUGGGUUUCGGGUUUGAUCGGAUCGAGGAUAGACGGUGAGGAUUCGUUUGAAGAUAAAGCGGUUGUUAUAGUUUGUUAUGGAUUUGUGGUGCUAUGGAGUUACGUUAUAAUGACGGUUUUCUAUUGUGAGUGUAGAAAACGGCAUCCCAUUAAAGAAUUUCACCAAAUAGAGGAAGGAGAUGAAGAUCAAGAAAAUCAACUUUCUGUAUUAUAA